AUGGCACCUUCGAAGGACGGCGAAGCGUUCAACGAAAUGGGCUGGGUGGCGGGAAACGCUCGAGGAUACCGUACUCUGGAGCAGCCUUACGAUUCGACACGCAAGUUCCGUGUCAUCCAUAUCGGCGCGGGCGCGUCGGGCAUUACGUUCUCCAAGUUCCUUGAGGAUCGGUGUCCUGGGGUUGAGUUGCAGAUUUAUAAGAAUAAUGAUGUUGGAGGGACGUGGCUGGAGAAUCGUGCCAAUUACCGCACGUCACUGGAUCUGAAAGAUACUCCUGAACAGCAGAAAGCAUCUGUCGAUAAUCCCGAACUAUUCCCAAAAUAUUCUAAGAUGAUUGAAUUAGAGCUCAAUAUCCGCUUUAAGCUUAUCUUAAAUGGAACCCCAGAAGCAGAGGCUGCUAAAGAGUUUGCAAGGGAGGAGAUGACGAAGAAGCUCAGUCCAACUAAUCCAACUUUACUCAACGCAAUUGCUCCUAAGAACUUUGGGGCGGGUUGUAGUAGAAGACCGACGCCGGAAAAUGGCUUCCUUGAGUCGCUUAUUCAAGAUAAUGUCAAGGUCUUCACUUCGCCUAUGCAGGAAAUCAACGCAACUGGAUUUGUGGAUAGCGAGGGAGAGCAGUAUGAUGUAGACAUAAUAAUAUGUGCGACGGGAUUCAACACCAGCUGGAUCCCCAUGUUUCCGGUCGAAGCAAACGGUCACUCUAUUUCCAAGAUGUGGGCCACAGAGGCCGUCUCGUAUCUGUCGAUCGGGGUGCCGAACAUGCUGAAUUACUGGACGAUGAGCGGGUCAUAUGGACCGAACGGUCACGGAUCUUUCCUACCUAUUAUCGAGUUGCUUACUGGCAAUAUCAUUCAAUGCAUACAGAAGAUGCAGAUGGAUCGAAUCAAGAGAGUGACGCCAAAGCCGUAG